GUGGUCACGUGAUUUUUUUGGGGUGGUGAAGCGAACCGUCGGUACAACAUCUCGCUUCGAUACAUCUGCUCGUGAAGUCGAUACCGUGGCUUGUCGGAGAAGUUUGCGUCUAGCGUGACACUGCAACUCAUUUCUAAUGUGAGAAGUUUCAGUUAGCCAGCUAGCUGCAGCCAAGCGUCAGUGCCUUAGAGAAGUCUCGUGGCAGACUAACUUUACCAGACGGGAGAUGAACAAAAAAAUAACGAAAUCACCCGGUGAUACUUUUUUCCACAUGAUAGCAGCUUGACGCUGUUUUUUUUUCUGUGGACUGUAAAUUGCAUUGACGGGACUUGCCUCGGUCGGUAGGUCCCGGGCUGCUACGAUGUGUGUCCGCUGCUCCACGAAGCUCUGCUGGGGAAGUGAAUCUUUCACCGGAUGAUGGACAGGAACUACCCGAGCUCCAGCUUUGCGGACGCGCUGGCUCCACCAGCACAGACCGUAGCUUCGUGGGCCUAUGACCGCGGCUCAGCUACUAUCAAGCCAAGCCCCAGUUACGGUGCAACAUACCUUGAUGCCGAGCUCCUCCAGCGGCAAAGCUACACUACGACACACCAGCUUCCCACAUACACUACAUCACAUAUUCCUGUUGCAACAGGAGCACUAGAGUCAAACAGUAGUACUCCAGAGACCUCAAUCAUGAGCUUCCUUUCAGCCAUGGAGUCGAGAAGCCUUCAGGCUGGUCCUGUUAGUGCCUCAUUGCUUUCUCCUUAUAGACCCCCAUCAUGGCCUGCUGGUGCCAACUCCUCGACCACAGAACUAUAUUUGACUGGUGCCCUGCCUUCUACAGCUACUUUCCCCUCUACACCUGCGCUUUCAUCCUGUCAGCACACAGGUGCCUAUCCUACCAGGAGUUAUGCCACCAACCCUUCCCUGACUCUCCAGGAUCCUGCCUUUAGCACUUCUACCAAUGGCUUGUUUUCUCACCAUGAUCCCCUCCUGCAUCUUAAGUCUAACCAGACUGUGCUUCCCACUGCCUUGGCCUUCAAUCAUCUUUCUGCCUCUGCUCUGGGCUCACCGCUCCCUGUACAGUCCUCCACUUACCGCUCAGCCCAAGAGUCUGCACCCCACCUCCUGCAGCCCCAGUUUAGCCUCUUACCUUCUGCCCUAUCUGCCACUCAUGGUGCGAAUCAGCCAUUUGGGGCUACAGUUUUCUCAGGCUCUAUUGAAAGAGCCCUUCAGCGUGAAUGUAGUGUGAUCAAACACCACCAGAGGCCUUCUAGUAUCCAUAUAGCCUCAGAGCAGUUACCUAGUUCGGAGCAGUCCUUACAGGGAUAUUUCGGUUCAGGCAGCGAAGCAGAUGUAUCCUACCAGCAGGAACCAUCCCAUCAGCCCUCCGUGUCCUGCAACCCCUCCACAGGAGCAGAUUCCUCUCAAGGAGUCAGUGGUUCCCUACAACCCAAAACAGAUUGUACAACGCAAGUAUAUUCAUCCACUUCGCUGCAGAAGACGAAUGAAUGUUCUUCCAAACUAGCUCCACAGCCUGCAGGAAAUGAAGAGAUGCACUCUCAGAACCUGUCAGCGGGGUCUCCUGAGCGUUAUUCCUCCCCUGGACUGAAGCAAAACUCUGUGAUUAUUAACCAAGAGGCAGUCCAGCUGUCUAGCCUAAUUUCCAACACUUUAUCUCAAACUUAUAUCACACCUCAUACACAGUCACAAGCCUCCGAUUCCACUUCAGACAAACUCUCCUCCCUUUAUGAGACUCUCCCUUCACUCUCCAGCCAGUCUGACAAUGUGGCAUCCAUUAGUCAGUCUCUUGUUUACUCAUCUACUCCUGGGCUGAACCAAGAGCAGGGCAUCCAGUAUGGAGCCCAAGUACAAAACUUGUGUCAAGGAAAUCUGUCUGAGAGCUAUCCCACAUCCCACUCGCAGGGUGCCUCAAAUGUGACUUAUACUUCUCAAUCACAGGUGCAGAAUUCAGUGACCCAGUCUCAAAGCUUUAUCACGGGAGAAUCCCUUAACUCUUCUUUCCCACCCACAUGUGUACAGAGCCUGCCCACAACAUCUACAGUGGACUACACCCUCAUGCAGGCCUCCGUGGGAGGCAAAACACACGACACUCUGUCCCACCAGCAGCACUCACAACCCAACACAUAUGUUUUGUCUGCACCUUUGCCUACCUACUCUUCAGCGGCUCAAGCCUUACAAAAUAACAUAUCCUCAAUACAGGACAUAAAGCCAACAUAUGGCAAACAAAAACUUGAAGAGGUGCCUCUUCAAGGCCUCGAGGCUCUGCGGCAGGUCUCCGUGGAGGCCUCCAUAACAUGUAACAGUAUAGUUUCCCAUAACAAUGUCAUCUACGUUGUUUCAAAAAUGGAUGAUCACCCUAAAGCACAGAGUGUUAUUCGAAGCAGUUCACGUUCUGAUGACCAGAUUAUGGGACUACGUCAUGUAAAUACAGUGCCGGUAAAGGAUGAAAGAAUGGGUUCUCUAAGCCAACAGCACAUUCAUUUAACUAGUGCCAAUGGUCAUGAAACUUCUAACACAAAAACUACAGACUCCACCAUUGAAUCCUCACAUAUACCCCUGUGCUCAGAGCCGCUCAAGCAGCAUCCUCUCCAACUUGAAUCUGCUGAGGCACAGCAACAGAAUCAACAGAACCAUAACCAGACUCAGGCUUUAGCAGCCCACACCCAGUUUAUUGCUAUUCCCAGUGCUCAGGUUCAUCCUGAGACCAAUCAAGUAAUUUUGCUCCAGCAGCCACUUUUGAAUAAUAGUCAGAACACAUCAAAGGUGAUUCCAGUGCAAGCUAUUCAAUCGGGACAAGGCCUUGGCCCUGUUCAUGUCCAGUAUCUUCAGAUGGACCGAGACCUGCUGGGUCCAAGUGUUACAGAAACCCAGAGUCAGCAGGGCACAGUAGUGUCUGAACCAAGCUCAGAAUGUCCUACGUCUAAACAUCACUACAGCCAGUUGACAAAUCAGCAGUCAAGCGAUGCCAAAAACCACUUUGCUGUCAACUCUAUUUGUUUCUCUGACUCUAUUCUACUUCCAGAUGACAGGAAUAUUUUGUCAAAUGUUGAUGACAUCCUCGCUGCCACAGUAGCUGCCUGUGGCGUGUCACCACAGGACUUUGUCAAAGCUACAUCCUCUGCUGAGGCUGAUAUGGCAGUGAUGGCAAGUCCUAUUGAUUCCAAAGGUCACUUCCAAACUGUUGAUUUAAGACACAUGUCACCUAGUUUCUCUUCAGCACAACAGCCAAUUAUCACUAACACUAUCUCCCAAACCAUCACCAUGACAUUAAACGGACCACAGAUGACAACAGACUGUCAGGGUGGAUCUGGUACCCACAACAACAAUAAUGAGCUUCAUGCAAAUGGAGACACAAGGUGCUCUGACAAUAACUAUCACUCAGCUGGGCAGGUAUAUGACUCCUCAGGUCCCCAGAAUAGAAUUCAAGGGAAUGCAAAGUGUAUUAAAACUGAUGAUGGACUCAUGGAAAGUCCAAAUGGUGAGGACUUCACCAAAAAGAAGGCUCGCUCUAAGUCAUUGACUAAAACAGGCAGUCAUGAAGAGGAUGGUGGACUGGCCAGACCAGCCAAACGUAGUGGGCAGACCAAGCGGCAAAACUCGAGGGGUAGUGAUGUGAGCUCACCAUCUGCGGCACACGGUUUAUAUGAUGGUUGUCCACAGCAGGAAAGAAUCAGGCAAAAGAUUCGUGAAGUGGAAGAGAAACAACCAGAAGUCAAAACUGGCUUUAUUGGCUCCUUCCUAGACUUUAUCAAGUCUGGGCCCAAACAGCAAUAUUCUCCAAGUCCAACACGAACAAUUAAUCGCCCUAGAAAGGCUUGUACCUCAUCCAAACAGUGUACUAUGCCAGCUUUGCCCCCAAAACUGCCAACUUUGCCCACGCCCUUAAUUCCCCAGGACAGUCCAGCAGUAAACUCCCAGCAGAAACGUCUUGAUGAAGAUCUACAGAAGAACUUGGAGACCCUGCCAUCAUUCAGCUCUGAUGAAGAAGAGAACACUGGAAAGAACCAGGCUCUGAGGAACAGCAUCAGCUCGGCUCUCUCAGCUCUGGAUGAAUCUUCAGAUCGGAAAACUAGGACAGAUAAUCAGUUUCAAGGUUUGAUGUUGAAGCCAGAAGAGGUUCCCAGCAUGCCCCACGCUGUCACAGAUAGUGCGCCUCCCGUGACAUCCUGUGUGCUGCAGGUACCCACUCCUGCACAGACAACAAACGCAGCCUCAGGAAAGACUGUUUUUGCAGCAACAGAGGAGUCCAAAGAGACACCACCUGGCCAGUUGGCUAUGCCUUUAAAGAGUGUAGCCAUGGCAGGACUCACUGAUGAGGAGCUGUCGGACAGCGGAGGAGAAGGAAUGUAUCGUGAGAGAGACGAGUUUGUUGUCAGGAAUGAGGAUAUCGAAAACCUAAAGGUGACAAUGAAAGCAGGCAGUGAGCCUCCAGCCAUCUGGAAAGUACAGAAGGCUCUGCUGCAGAAAUUUGUGCCUGAGCUGAGGGAUGGAAAGAGAGUCUUCUCAGCUACAAACAGUUAUCUUGGGUACUUUGGUGAUGCCAAGACAAUGUACCAGAGGGUGUAUGUGAAAUUUUUGGAUACAGUUAACAAAAGGGAAUAUGUACGAGUUUGUAGUCAGAAGCCACGCUGCAAACCCAUGAACUCACUAAGGGGUUUUCAGGUGAAAACUUUGCUGGGCUUGACAGCCACUCCUACAGUUUUCCAAAACCAAAAGCCCAGACCCAAACAACUUAAGCCAAGAGCAGAGCCUCCACCAAAAAAGAGGAGGAAAUGGAAGGAGGAGUUUUCACCUACUGCCUCUGGAUCAUCUGCAGAAGAAGGAGGCGAAGAGGAUGAGUUAAACCCUCCGCUACCGUUUGCUUCCCGAUUACUCAACACACGAACCAUGAAAGAGACAUUCAGGAGCUUUGUGGAACUGCUUAUCAGUAUUGCCUUAGAUGAAGAUGUAAUGACAGCACUUGAAAGGGCAAAUGAUGAAUUGCUGCUGCCACAUAUGAAAAGAGUGGAUGGAAUGAUCACUGACAACAGAAAACGUUUACUUCACAAACUACACAUAGAGCAGGUGUUGAAGACAGCACUAGACAGCUUCCCAGAGAUCUCAGUGGUGACUGAACUGAAGAAGGAUGGGGAAACGCCAGCCUUCAAAGUACGUCUCAGUGGACGUGCCUACAACAAGAAGACUAUGAAACCCCAGAAGAGCCCCAACACUAUGCCUCAGGAGUAUACAGUAGACCAGCAGAAAACUCAGUGGUUUUCUCUAUACCAUUCUUUGCAGCAUUACAAGUACCACACAUACCUCAUGUGUAAGGAUGAGAUUGCAUCUCUGCGGGUGCAGGCAGGGGACCUGGGGCAGGAGGAGACUGUGCAGAAGUGUCUGCAAAACGGGGCUUGGGUAGAGGGGCUCUUUGAUCGCUUUGGAGAGCUAAUCAAUCAAGUGCAGCAGGCCUGCAGAUGAAAGCCUUUAACAUGCUUGGUUUAAAAAAAAAAAAAAAAAAAAGUCACAUUUUUUGAAAACCAGAAAAUGCCUCCAGCUCAAAAUGUGACCGAGAAGGAUGGAGUGAGUCUCUUCUUCAAGCGCAGGGUGUUUCGGAUCAACUGAUUUGCCUGUUAAAGACUGUUGGGAGACUGUGGAGUAAAAAUGGCAGGAGUGCAACAGUGAGACAUACACUGUUUAUCACUGCAUCCCAGCAGAAACCUGGAACUUCAUCAACAGAGGACAAGAACUUUGUUCUUGGGAGCAUUUUGGAAGGCUCCCACCUAGUACUUAUUCUAGUCUUUGUAGGUUUUUAUAGUUAAAAGCCCACUUUUAUGGGCUUUUCCAUAGAUUUAUAUUCUUUUUCAUUCGUUUUUCUUUUUUAAGUUAAAUGCCAGAUCAUGACCAGAUUGUAUGCACAAUAUAGAAGGCAAUCAGCACAGGAAGUAGAACACAGCAAAUACACAAGCAGAGCAAGCCUUUGUCAAUCUUUUAAGUAAGCUCACAUGCAAAGUUGAUCUGUUGUUUUGUUUAAAAAAAGAACUAUACAUUAUAUAUAACUAUAGUUAUAUACUGUUUGCAAAACAUCACAUUUGUAAUACGGUGCCAGCUUAUAUAUAUGUAUAAUGUACAUUUUGUAAAAAAGAAAAAGAAAAAAGGAGAAAAAAAAUAGCAGGACGUUGGAACAGCAGCAAAUCUCUCUUUAGCAGCUACAUAGUGCGUCUAUACUAUAGUUUAACAUUUGUGUUUCAAGCCAACCAUUUGCUUAUAGGAAACAUCUUUGAUUGGAAUCAAUGCAGUUCCAGUACUGCUUUUUAUUAAUCUUUUUAUUAAUCUCAGACAUUGUUACCUUGGCUUAUCUAUGGGUAAAUGAAUGCAAAUGAAUUGCUUUACAGACAUAGCCUACAUUUUAUGAUAAAGGUAUAUAUUUUCACAGAAGAAAAUGGUUAUUUCUAAGACACGUUUUGAUUAUCUUUUCACAGUUUUUCCAGAAUUUACUCUAAGUCAUUUAUUUUAUUCUGUCAAAAAUAAUCUUGUUCUUAAAAGAUGCAGUUUGUAAAUAAAACACUGCAUGUAUUAGGUA